UCUCGGUGUCCCUCCAAUCCAUCUGUCCUUUACAUAAAACACAAACAUAUAAAUAAACUUAACCGGAAGCAAAACAAGGAAGAAGCUAUAGGAAUAGCAUUUGGUCAGUGCUCACGUGAUUACUCUCGACUCUUAAUACCCUUUUCUUGAUUCCCAAACAUGGCUUUCAGGUCACUGAAUUACUGGAAAUCCAUUGUCAGUCGUUUAAGAGGAAGCUCUCCUUUUGCCACGUCGACAUCACAGACAAAGGAGGCCUAUGCCCCUGCGGGCGAUUCAGGAGUGUAUGAAUACAUCAAGCUGCCAUGGGCGGUGAGGGGAGAUUUUGUGCCGGUGUAUGUGGCGGUGGGGUUGAUAAUGAUGUCGAUGAGUUUCGGGCUUCACAUAGGAAUGCUACAACUGAGGUACGCCCCAGGCGUGUUCGUGAAGAAGUCGAGGAGAGAGACUCUGCCGGAGGUGGUGGAGCCUGAAACUGUGGUGGAUGAAGCUCUCAAAUUCAUCACCAAGUCUUUCUUUCGAAGAGUGGCCCAUGUACAGGAGUUACACCGUCAAUAUGUCAUGACUGAUCCCACCCGUGGAGAUCUCUUUGCCAGGUGA